UUUUUCACAUGAUUUCAGAGGGGACAGUGAAUGCAUCAGACUCCAGACUUCAGUUUCAUUUCUGAUCAACGUCUGAUCUGACGGAGCAGCCGGAUCAAUAACAUCAUCAGGACUUGUCUUCCUCUCAGAUCAGAAGGGUUUUAUUUCAGUAUGAGUCACUGUAGCAGCACUCUUCACUCCAGACUGCUGCAGCUGCAGAGCCGGUUCACCUGGGAUCUGACAGAGGAAGAUCUCGACCUGGAGAACCUAAGCACUCGACUCCAGGACCACAUAGACCUUCAGCUGGGACAGCGAGGCGCCGUUGCUCUCUCCUACAGCUUCUUGGCUUAUGUCAGGUAUCUUCAGGAUCGAAAAGAGGAGGCAGUGGCGCUUCUCAACCAAUCAGAGGAGAAGACCAGAGAGUGUUUUACUGAGGACAGCGAGCGGCGGCUCAUUGUAACGUACGGAGACUUGGCCUGGCUGAAAUACCAAACUGGAGACUACACACAGUCACAGAUUUACUGCAAGAGGGUCGACGACAUACUGGCGAAGUACCCCACUGGUUCCUCCACAGUUCUCCACCCAGAGGUAUAUGGAGAAAAAGGUUGGACCUACCUUAAGUUUCGGAAAUCUUACUACCCCAAAGCCAUCGACUGCUUCCGUAAAGCAUUAGAGUUGCAGCCUGAGGACAGCGAGUGGAACGCUGGCUGUGCUAUUGCCCUCUACCGCACAGAACCGAGAGUUCAAGAAACAUUAAAGGAGGAUGAGGAGUCACCGGCCUUCAAACAGCUUCGCCGAGCCCUACAGAUCAACCCUGAUGACGGCGUCCUGCUCUCCAUGCUCGCUCUGAAGCUGGUUGCAUACAACAAACAUCAAGAGGCUGAGGGCCUGGUGGAGAAAGCACUGAAGAUCGAACCUGACCAUCCUCAUGUCAUGCGCUACGUAGGAAAAUAUCUCCGCAUUCAGGGUGAAAACGAGCAGUCUAUUGAUCUGCUGAAGCGAGCUCUGGAGAGGUCCAAAAAGUCAGCUUUCAUCCACCACCAGCUGGCUAUGUGCUACAAGAAAAAGAAGACGGAUGAACAGACCAAGAAGCCCUUCGACAAACAAAAUAAAGAGGCAAAGCUGUGGAGGUAUAUGUGCAUGAAACACCUGGACGAAGCUGUCAAGAUAAAGUCUGGUUUUGUCCUCGCCAUUGCUGAUCUGGCCCUGCUCUACGGAGAGGAAAAGAAUCUGAGCAAGGCGGAGGAGUUGUUCAAACUGGGCUCACAGAAGUUAUUAGAGACGGAAAAAGACAUAUGUCAGGUUUUCCAUCUGCGUUACGCUGAGUUUCACCACUAUCACACCAAACAGGAGGCUGAAGCCAUCGCUCACUACACCGAAGGUCUUAAACUGACACCCAAGAAAUGGGAGUGGAAACAGUGUGCUAAGAAGCUGAAGCAGAUUGCAGAGAGACGUCUGUCAUUAGACGAGAACGAUGACGAGGCGUACGGCCUGUUGGCUCUGGUGGCCAAAGCUGAAGGCAACAGGAAGACAGCGGCGGAGUUUUAUGAGAAAGCUCUGAACUGCGUUGAAAAAGACGAGUACCUGUCUGCUCUCAUGGAGCUGCGCAUGGAGCUGCUGGGAUGAAGAAGAACGUUUCCUUUUUUAGUAGCAUUAUUAAUAAUAAUAAUAAUAAUAUGUAUUGAUUGCUUUGAUGGUUACAGCUGAUUAUUUCAUAUUAAAAUACUUGAACCUGAA